AAGAAAGUCAUCAAGUUUAUUUCAAACCAGAUUAUGCCACACUCAGCCAUGUUGUGUGGACACACCACAGUAGCCUCCUCGCCCAGCAUGCCAGAGUGUGAAGAACAAUCCUUUUAUAUCCACAGCAUGACUUGGCCAACUUCGAAAUGCAACAAAUAAAAACUCCAACGUCCUUCUGUCAGUUUAACUGCUAAUUUGCAAUGGAUUUGGUUACACUUCCCAUUUAAGGCAAGUUCUCCCUGAGCACUGGCUAAGAAAUCUUGGGCAAGAGGAAGUAGCAACCACCAAAAAAUUAAAAAAACCAAGCAAAUUAAAAAAAAAAAGUCACACACAGCUUCAGAGAUGGAGUCAGGAGAUCUCCUCCUGGCCCCUAGCUCUGCACGGGAGGGUGGCAGCAGCCCUGCAAUCUCAGGCUGUCUCUGUUGUGGGCUGGGGUUCACCCAAGGCUAGAGAGAAGCAGUGGUGAGGGUAGCAGGACAACCUGGCAACAAGGAGCAACAUCAAGGCAGCUCCCUCCUUUCCCUGUCAUCUCUGCCUCUGAGAAUGACUCAGGGAUUGGUGAGGCACAAAGGAUGCCAUUCCCUACGAGAGCACAAAGGGAGGAGAGGCUCACCCUCUGCCAGGAUGAGGAGCAGCUCUCAAUAUAGACUCAGAUCACAAACUUCCUUAUCCUGGUGAUCUGCCAAGGUCACAAGAGAUGGCUGGUUACUACAGUUUUGCUCCCUGGGCCUUGGCUCUCUGGAGCCAGCUUGCCCCACCAACCUGUCUUAAAAUCCACAGGUCCCAGGGAAGAUAAAGGGAAGAGGAUAUAAAGUCUUAUGAGUUUUCUGCAAAGCAAUCUGCUAACUGAGCUUUAUGAAACACAUGGGAACAGACUUAUAACUUACCCAGGUCUUUAAAACUGGUGAAGUUGUGUGGCUUGCUAAAAGCAAUGUCAGGACUGUAACGAAUCAAGAUACAAGUACACUUGUAGUUUGGGAAGAGUACUCUCACUCAGUCCCCACUAGCUCACCCCUUUGUGUCUCUACUCACUCACAAAUGCACUUCUAAGGAGUCUUUCCCUCACCUCUCUUUGCUGCUGCUGCAAGACAGGGACCUGCAUCACUCAGCUCCUGGUCCCUGUGGCUACCACUGUGGGAUGUGCUGCCUGCACAUUAAAGCACUAAACUAGUUUCAUAUAUCUACUGCAGAGCUUUAUCAGUGCCAUUUAGGUAGCUAUCAGAUAUCAAAGAAUAACCAAAACUUAUUACUUAUCUUCCUCUGGGUACUGCUGUUAGUCACAUAGAAGUGUCCCUUUCAGCAUGGCCUAGGCUGGACACAAAUCUUCUCUUGGAUUCACUGAAAAGAACAGCUUUAGGCUAGGAAUAAACCACCAGGCAAAAUAAACUCAGGAAUGGCUUCACUGCACUGAUCCAAAAAACCAGCAACUCUUCCCAACCUUCUGCUCAUCCUUCCAGGCCCUGACUGCAGGCUCACGGGCUGAGGAAGGACACAAGGUACAACUGCAAGGCGGCAGCAGGUGAAAGAGCAGGAAGGCUUGCUUUAUCUGAACAAGCAAGCACAAAGAAGGGAACUGGAGAUCACUGGUCCUGUGAAAUCCAGCAGAGAUAUCACAGGGAAAAAGAACUGAAGCAUGUGAAGCAUCUAAGAGGAAGAGAUACAGACAAAAGCACCGGGCCGGGGGAUGGCCUGCAGCAACCGAGUUCCAAGGGUACCAUGAGGUGUUACCAAUGAAGCCUUUGGCCGUGCAUGCCCAGAGACAUCCAACACAGCCCUGGGCAGACAUGGCCGAGGCCUGGGGGGCUGCUGGGAAGCACUGGUGCCACAAGAGCACGAGACAGGGGAUGGGGUGGGCAGGGACAGCCCUCGACACGUGUGCUGGGCCCACAGAGCUGCCAGGCAGCGCCAUGGCGGGGACAGCCCGGGGUACUGCCAGCCCCGAGCAACGGGCUCCGGCACUGCUAACAACCCAAGCCAUGGUUCCACGGUUACCAAGGAAGGAACCCAACCGCCUCCCAGCGAUGACUGUGGCGUCACCGGCCCUGACUCUCGUACCUGGACACAGAACCUGACUCGGCCAGCCUGCAGCAGACUCCAGCCGAGCAGGACGCGAGGUGCGGAGUGCCAGGCCUUGGAGCUGGCAGUGAGCUGAGAGUUGGUCACAGCACUCAGUUAUUCACUCCAGAGCCAUAGAAGGACGUUCCCCGGCCAUGCCAGGUUCAGGCAGCCGGGGCUUCAGGAAGAUGCGCUCACGGCAGCCAAGCAUGGCAGGCAUUGCUGCAGAAGCAGCAAGGGGGAGCGGCUCACCAUCCCAAGUUCCCCCCAGCCCAGCACAGCGCAGGGGCAGCACGGACACAGAGGUGGAGGAGCGCUGUCCCAUCUGUCUGGACAGCUGGAGGGAGCCCAGCUUUGUGAUGCCGUGCCUGCACUGCUUCUGCUAUGGCUGCAUCCACCGGUGGGCCAACAACAAAACCCAGUGCCCCCUGUGCAAGGGGAAGAUGACCUCCAUCCUGCACUCAGUGCGGGCAGAUGAUGAUUUUGAGGAGGAUGUCAUCAUUCCACCUGAGGCACCACCAGAAGUCCUCCCAGCAGGAAGUGCUCACAGAGACCCAGAUGCUCCCAACCUCGAUCGCCCUGGAGCACGUCAACAGUGGGCGACAGAGGGAGAUGACCAGCAUUUCUUCGGUGGCUUCCACCUCCCAAACUGGAUGAGCCGUUUCUCUGUCAACUCAGCAUUACAACAGACUCUGCACUCGUGGUUCUGUCAGAGCUUGGAGAUGCUGUUUGAAACAGUAACAUCCAGGAGGGUCCAGCACACACGUGUCCCUGAGCAGCAGCGUUGCAGGGAGGACCGCCACCGUCCACGCCAGCGGGACACCCGUGGUACCACAGGGCAGGAGAACAGCUCCUCAUCUCUUACUCCUGCUCCACCAAGAUCCAGCAUGGAUGAGAUGCCUAGCACCUCAUCUAGUGCCAUUGGUUGGCGUCCAAGUACACACCCCUCUGCUUCCACUACCACCCAUGUGGGGCAAAGACCCCAGGAGGAACAAGAGAGGCUGUACCCAGGCCCUCCUAAUUUUGUUAGGAGAGGUGAUCCUUCACCUAGGGGACCACAGCGACCACAAAAAAGGAGAGCCAGCAGCCCCAAAGACUCUCCAGCUCACAGGAGGCCACGUUACUGAUACUGGAGGGUGCUUCCAUAAAUCAGUUUCAGUUCCUACCAAUGAGCCGGUAUUGGAAUCACAGAACAUGCUGAUCCAUCACAAUCAUUGAGCUCAACUUCUGGUGCUGUGGAGGAGACCCGAAGAAUCCCACCAUGUGCCUGACAGCAUUGUUAAAAAAACACUUCUUGAACUCAGGCAGGCUCGAUGCUAAGACUUGUUCCAGUAAUCAACCACCCACUGCGUGAAAACCAUUUUUACUGAUAUCCAAUCUAAACCUCCCCAAGAGACUCACAUCAUUUCUUUGAGUCCUGCUACUGGUCACAAGAAUGAAGAGAUCAGUACCUGCCCCUUUGCUUCUCCCCAUAAGGAUGUUGAAGAUCACAAUGAAAUCUCGCCUCAGUCUCCUCAAGGCUGAAUAAUAGUUAUAUAUAGUUACAUAUAUAUACAGAUAGAUAGACUGAUAGUUAUAUAUACAGAUAGAUAGACUGAUAGAUAGUUAUAUAUACAGAUAGACUGAUAGUUAUAUAUACAGAUAGAUUGAUAGUUAUAUAUACAGAUAGAUAGAUUGAUAGAUAGCUAUAGUUACAUAGUUACAUAGUCACAGAGUUUUCAAAAUAAAUCAAUUUGUCUUCC